AUGCAGAUUGUUUUUACCCCCCCAAAAACAGCAUUUUUACAUGAGCAUUCAACCAUGUUCAGGAAGGCCGAACUCCUGGGCACCGUCGACACAUUUAUGGACGAGUUCUUUUCUGCCUGGAUUGAACACUUCAAGGAGAUGGAAUACCUAACAGCGGGGUCCGAUAUUCAGAUAUAUAUACAACGCCGAAUGGUCAAGGUUCUACGUGAAAAAAUGAAGGAGAUACUCGUUGUCGACCCACCAAGUGAAUCGGCAUUGCUGGACGAACCCUCAUCCAUUACCAUCCGCAGGGCCUCCGAGUCCAACCACAUAAACCAAGGCCCCCAACGACAUGACCCUACUGCUGCUUAUUUCAAACGGGGCCUACUCCCUCGGCCCAGUGGUAGCAAACGGCGCCGAGAACUGCUUGAUGCAGCUGUCAUUAGGCCAAAGAUUCUUCCCCACCAACGUACUCCGGUGCUCCCACAUCUAACCAACACAUCGAUGGGCAAAGAAAAGAAAAAGCGUCGGAUCUACGUGCAUGAACCCGACACACGUACAUUCGUUGCAACAAGAGCAACUCAGACCCGCCUUCAACACACCUUCAUUGAAGCACCAGAUGCUACGGAAGAAGUCGCGCCGCCGCCACUGCCAAGCACUCCAAGUCUUGAGUUUGACCUCGGGCCUUCAAAUGAAGCUUUCACAGGUGGAGAUAUGGGAUCGGUGGUAGAUGAGGCUACUUUGCCAGACACCUCGGGGCUAGUCGUCAAGGCGAAGCCAAAAAGAUACCUUAAUACGAGGUGGACCGAUGAUUAUUUUGAAAAAUAUACACUGCGUGAACUUGGGCUGAGACUCCAGCUCGGUCAUCCUAGAACGGUUGGGUGCCCAAUGGUCAAGCGUGGCCACGUUGACUUCGUUGUCAUUCAUGACAACGGGAUCCACCUGCUGAACGUCGACUUCUGUGGAUGUCCCGAUGCGAUUGAACCAUACGAGCAGCUUCUGGAGGUCGGUUGGUGGCCGUCGUCUCCAUUAGAACCUCAAACUGCGACCACGUUCCAACUUUUAAGACUAUUCCAUAACCUCAACCUUCAAGGGUGCAUCCCUUCCACCAAUUUCUACCGUGCUCUUGAGCAGUUACAUAAUGGAGAUGGCCUAUUUCCGCCACCGGACCGCCUUCAGCAGUUCAUGCUCACGGUACGGGAGUGGCGACACAUUCGGAUGGCAAAGCGAGCUGGGCGCGGGAACGAUCCGACUGGUUUACACAAUACAGGCCAAGGGGAAUUAGCCGUACCCUGCAGAUCGUGUCCCCAUCCCGGAAUUAAUCUCCCUGAGGGAUGGGAGCAAGCGCCACCCGAUAUUCGUAGGUGGUUAUACGGCCUUCUGUUACAGGAGGAUGCGAACUUCAAGCAGAAGAAUCGUUUGCGCUCAACUGACAAUCGAGAUCCUGCCCUCGGCCCAGGUUGGGCCACAUUCGUCAGCGAGGAGCCGUACUUUGCACAUCUAUCCAGUUACGUUGACCAGGAGGAGAUCAAUCAUUGUGUUGGUUUUGCGGCUCUUUGGUCAGCGAAUACUCGACGAUCAAAGGGCCUUCGAGCGACUGGAAUCGGCUCAGCGCACAAAGAGAGCUGCCAUGCACCGUUUUCAUUGAACUAUACUAAAUGGGUCAGUCGAACUGACGGAGAAGGGGUGGAACGAAUGUGGUCGUGGCUGAACAAAGUUGCCCACUCAGUCUCCAUGAUGGGACCGGGAGGACGCCAGGACACACUCGACGACUUUUGCAACUUCUGGAAUUGGCGUAAAACGGUAAAUUUAGGGAAUUCUUUGUUGGGGAAAAUGACUCUUGCGAUCGCGCAAGCAGUUAUUCACCAUCAAGCAUUUAGCGCGUUUACCAGCGGUCUUCGGGAACACCAUCUGGACGAGCUGUGCCAAUGGGAGGGCCAGGUACGCGCAUGGGAGUCGGAUCAAUCCAAUCCAUGCCCCUUCGACAUUCCGCGGAACGAGUUGUGCAUGUCUGAUGUGAAGAAAGCGAUGGCGGAGGAAGAACACCGCGCUGUUGAGCGAGGAGGAACGGUGCUUGGUGACGCCAGCCCAAGCGCCUUUCUAAUAUCAGGACUUGACAUCGAAGAAAGCCAGCAGGAGCUUCUGGCUAUCUCGGCCAAAACUGAUCUCACAACAGUAGAGGCAACACAGCUCCAGACCAGCCGAACCAGCUUGCUCAAGCGCGUCAAGAAGUUCCGCGAUAUUCAAACUACAUACAUGCCUGGACUACAAGAUUAUCUCAAGUCGAUACCGAAUGUUAGUGCUACUGCGACUCCCGAAUCCAUCCUGUUAUAUCUGCCGUCCUUCUUUUCCGUCGAUCAGCGAGCCAGCAUAUGUCCGUCAGAACUUAGUCAUUUAGAAAACCGGCUUCGAUUUGCGCAAGCCACGGAGGCACUGACUAAACUCCGGCGUCAGUUACGAACACGAUCGUUCGCCCACAGUUACAAGACUCGAAAUGUUCACUCACAAGGUGCCUACACCCGGAGCCGUCUUCUUCAGAACCAAAUUGAAGUUCGGAUCAAGGCGAUUCGAGUGCAAUACAUGAUGGCGCGUGAAGCCUUGCUUUCGCUUCAAGGCCCUGGGGAUUGGGAAUCAUCCCUCCGUCCAUUGCUUCCUGAAGAUAUCCGCGGCAUCAAUGAGAGGACACUUACGGCGGAGGAACAAGAAGAAUACAAACGCACUCGAAUGCUGGCUGGAAUGUCACCGGAGUCGGUCCAGAGUGAAUUGAACGGUCAGGGCCUUGUGAGCGGAUCAGAAAACGUACCGACAAUGGCAUUCAAUCGCAGCCUUGCCCUUGGCGAAGGGAGGCGAACACUGUCAUGGAUUUGGUACACGGUUAGCGAUGAGGAACUCUCAGAUCCCGGCGAGGUUCAGGCCUGUCUUCGUGUCGAAUGGGUUAAAGCUCGUGCUCGAGCGGAGAGAUGGCGGGAGGAAGUCCUGUUACUUGAAGAAGAAAUGCGCCGCGCCAUCGCCUACUGCUGCUGGAAAGCUGAACAUUGGGAGAACGUAUCACACAUAAAAUUGUCAGACGACGCCUCGGUGCAAGAGGGGGGGAGAGCAUACGCACACCGUCAGGCCAACUAUGAACGACGCCGAGCUGCACAAUGGGAGAGCAAGUGGUGCGCCAUUCGUGAUCGCGCAUCGUUGGUCGUUACUUCGACGCUGAAUCAAACGGAGAAUAACAUCGUAGUCCCCCCUUUGGUGGUCGAGCUGGAUCUAGAGGACGAGGGUAGCGAGGAGGAGAACGAAGAUUUGUAA